AUCUUAGUCCAUCUAUAUAAAUGUCUCCAAUGAGCUACAACUUCCUCCACCCCAACUACCUCUCAAGUCUCUCAUGGCCGGCGUCUGGGUGUUCAAGAACGGCGUGGUGCGGCUGGUCGAGAGCGCUGCCGGCAACGAGCAGCUGUCCACCGUGCGGCGCAAAGUCCUUGUGUUCACCCCCACCAAUGAGGUGAUCGGUUCUUAUGCCUCCCUCGAGCGCAAGCUCAUGGCUUUAGGCUGGGAGCGCUACUACGAGGACCCGGACCUCCUCCAAUUCCACAAGCGUUCCUCUCUCGACCUCAUCUCCCUCCCCGUAGACUUUGCCCGCUUCAAGUCCAUCCAUAUGUACGACAUCGUUGUCAAGAACCGCGACUCCUUCAGGGUUGUCGAUAUGUAGUAAUAUUCUCAUUUUGAAAUUGUCGUUGUUGUUUAUCUAUGAAACUUAUGGAGAGAUCAUAUGAAAUAUAAUCCUACAUUAGUUUAAA